AUGGCUGAUAAAAUUGUAAUAUUCAAUGAAGAUUUCAAUGGCAUGUUUGAUCAGUCUGUGAAUCCGGCUAGAAUUGAAAGCGAAGUAGUACCACUUAUAAGUACCACAAAAGAAGAUUCAAUAAUCGUAGAUAACAAUAAUUUAGCUUGCUCUUAUUGUCGUGUCAGUUUUCCCAAUGUGCGAACGCAAAGAGAGCAUUACAGGCUGGAUUGGCACCGAUACAACUUAAAACUAUCGCUACAACUAAAACCACCAAUAGCUGAAGAGGAGUUUAGUAAGAAAACUGAAAAUGAUGAAGUAUCAAGUAUCUCAGGCUCAGAAGAAGACGAGCAAGAUACUUUAGACACACUUGCAACCACUCAAGGCAAAAUAUUUUUGCAAAACGAUAAAGGCCAAGUGUUUUCUUUGUAUAGAGGAGUCUUGCUUGUUGAUAAAAAGGAAGAAAUUGCUUCAGUUAAUUUUUACAAACGCUACAAAGACAAUUGUUACGACAACAAACAAUGGGCUGUUUUAAUGUUAGGGGGAGGCCACUUUGCUGGAGCAAUUUUCAAUUAUUUGACCCCCCUAGUGCAUAAAACUUUUCAUUGCUACACUGUCAGGCAAGGCCAAGGGGGUUCUCAAUCAUCCCGUGAUAAUAAAUCCGGGGGGUCUCAUCCUAAAAGCGCUGGGGCUUCUUUGAGGAGAUACAAUGAACAAGCUCUUAUAGAUCAUGUAAGUGAUAUAAUGUCAACUUGGUCCGAGGAGUUAAAAAAAUGCAGUUUAAUCUUCUAUAGAGCUUCUGGGCCGUUUAAUAGAGCUGUUUUGUUUGGUGGCAAAGAGCCUCUAUUAGAUAGAAGUGAUUCACGUUUGAGAACUAUACCGUUUUCAACUGGACGUGCCACUUAUACCGAAGUCAAACGAGUACAUUUGGAACUUUGCUCUGCUUCAUUAUAUAGUUCAUUAAAUGACGCUAUAAGCUCCCCAGAAAAAGACCCAAAACGCAAUAAAGCUCGGUCUAGUUGCAUUAACAGGGCAAAGUCCCGGGAGCCACUCGAAAGGCCUUUGCCUGGCGAAAUAAGUCAUGGUAAUUCUCAGGAAAAUCUUUCCAAAAUCGAGUUGAAACUAAAAGAUGAAAUUGUGCUGAAAUUGGAAGAUUCAAAUGAUGAGGAAUUUGUGUUGGAUGAGACUAAUUUGGAAGUUUCCUUUGAGGAUUUGGAAGAGUUUGGUGAUAGUCUCACUCCGGAGCAAAGGAAAAAAGGACAACACAAGAAAAAGCCAAAAAAAAGCAAAAACCAAAAACUUAGAGAAAAAGAAGACCUUAGGAAACAAAAUCUUAUAAAUAUUGCAAUCAAAGGCAACACUGUAUUCUUGGAAGAACUUUUACAAGAACGCUCAAAAAUCUUCGAAAACAUGUCUAAACAAGAAGUUUCCAAAGAGAUUUUCAAUGAAAUCUUAGACGAGGCUGGCAAUAGUUUUCUGCACUUGGCUGCAAUGAAUGAGCACGAAGAAAUGCUUCAAUAUUUACUGGAAAACGAGGCAGAUCCUUGCUUGAAAAACAAACACCAGCAAACACCUUAUAGCAUUACGAACAGUAAACUGUCCAGAGAAAUUUUCAAAAAAUUCGCUAAAAAAAAUCCUGAAAAAUACAACUACAAUAAAGCACAAAUUCCAGUAAACACUUUAACCGAUGAGGAAAUUGCUGAAAAAAAACGAGCAAUGAGAAAAGUGAAACGCGAAAAGGAAAAAGAAAAGAAAAAGGAAAUUCAUAUUAAGAAAAAGGAAGAUGAGCAUAAAGAUAGGUUUUUGAGUUUGAGCGACAGAGAAAAGAGGGCUUUAGCAGCAGAAAGGCGCAUUUUAAAUGCCCAAGGCAAAGUGAUUGCGAGAUGCUUUUUGUGCGGCUCCGAUAUGGCCGGAAAAGUGCCCUUUGAGUAUUUGGAAAAUCGAUUUUGCUCCAUCGAAUGUUUGAAAGGGCAUCGUAUGAAGACUUCAAACUGUUGA